CAAUUUUGGCGCGACUGUUUAUUACCUUUGUUACCCAUUGUUAUCUUUCGCAGAAUGAUUAGAUAAAGAGUAGUGGCGUUGUAUCCAACUAAGCUUGAACCAAAUGCUAUUAGUUCUACAUAUAUUAUGCACUAUUGUGUUUAGUUCUCUAUACCUCAAAAUAUUUUUCCGACUACCUUUUCAACGAAUACUGCCAUGGAGGUUGCCAUACAGUUAAUACAGUUGAUUGAAAAUCUGUUGAAGGAAUUGAUGAAGACAAAAAAAGUUUUAGUUCCUGUAGCUGGAGCACUGACAGAUGCAGCCACUGUUGGUUUUACAACCUUAGUUGGUAGCUCAAUUGGCGGCCCAGUGGGAGCCGUAGCUGGAGGAGCAGUAGGAGCAGGGAUCCUAGGUGUGUCAAGAGCUCUGGGACAAUGCAAUUACAAACCUCUAAUGACGGCUUUAACAGAGGACUUAACCGAGGAAGAAAGAAACGAUUUGUAUGAGAGAAUCUGGGAAAAACUGAAGGCUUGCGGAAACUGCACUUUAAAUCAGUUAAAGGAUUCAGCUCUAAUGGAUUCAGCUGUAAUGAAGUUGAAGAAAACUGUUGAGGAGAAUCCAGAUUUGAUGAAAAAUAUCGAAAAUGAACUCAAUGAAACUCUUGGCAAAAAGAAAAUGGUGUUAGAUUAAAAACGAGAAAAAAAUGACUGCAGUUGUUAAAUGUCCCCAAUUUAAUGAUCCUAUAAUUUUUUAUAUUGCAAGUUUAAGCAAUAAAUCACAUUAAACGA